AAAAUAGGCAAUCGUAGAUAUUUGCAUACUAGUUAAAGGCUGUAAAAUAUCAAGCAGCACAUCCGUGAUUUGAUAUGCUGAGCAAAAGCCAGGGAGCACAGAAAGCCCCAGCAUCCAGCAAUGGAAAGUGUCAACGCGAAAUUGAAAAAUAAAUGAAAAACUGACAAAAAUAAAUGAAAAAAGGAAAAUAAAUAGGAAAGAGAAGCUCGGCUGUUCCGCUAUAUUCUAACUUCCUCCGCAGCUCUCUCGUUUGCUCCCGUCCAUCCUCCUCGCCCUUGUAGUUCCUGCCACGCUUUCCCCGAACUCCCCAAGCUCUCGCCAUGACAAAGACCACAUGCAAGCUCUGCUCCCGCCGCUUCGCUAGCCCCCGCGCGCUAGCCGGGCACAUGCGCUCCCACUCCCUCGCCGCCGCCGCCGCCGCGAAGCAGCAGCAGAUCUCCUCGGCGUCCUCCGCGUCCACCUCCUUCAUCGCCGCCGCCGCAAACGACGAGGCCGUCGGCUUCAAGAAGCCCCUCCCAAUCUACGCGCUCCGGGAGAAUCCGAAGCGCAGCCUGCGCGUCUCCGACGCCGGCUUCUCGGAUCACGAGAGCGAGGCCGAGUCCACCGCGCCCCGCGGCAAGCGCGCGCACGCCGCCGCCGCUGAGCCGCUGAGCUCGGUGUCGGACGCGGCCACGCCGGAGGAGGACGUGGCGCUGUCCCUCAUGAUGCUCUCCCGCGAUUCCUGGCCGUCGUCGGUGGGAGACUACUGGGACGACGACGACGGGAGCGACGGCGACGGCGGCGGCUACGCGCUCCCCGCUCCUGAUCCGGCGCCGCCGGUGGUGGAGAAGCGGACGCGGUUCCAGUGCGGCGCGUGCAAGAAGGUGUUCCGAUCCUACCAGGCGCUCGGGGGCCACCGCGCCAGUCACGUGCGCGGCGGCAGGGGCGGAUGCUGUGCGCCUCCCGUCGUCGCUUCUCCUCCUCCUCCGCAGCCGCCAUUGGUGGAACGCGACGCGGACGAAGCCAUGGAGGACGGGAAGGGGCAGCCGCGAGAGUGCCCCUACUGCUACCGCGCGUUCGCCUCCGGGAAAGCUCUUGGCGGCCACAAGAGGUCCCAUGUGUGCUCCGCCGCCGCGGCCGCCGCCGCCGCAGCAGCAGCAGCACAGGCAGAGGAGGCCGCUGCUCCUCGGGACCCGAUCAAAGCCUUUGGCAUGAUCGAUCUGAACGUCGCGCUGCCCGUCGAGGAUGUGGAGCUCUCUGCCGUGUCAGAUCCCCGCUUUUCCUCCAAUCCAGGUUCUUAGAAGCAAGCAGGAUUGCCACCAUGCCGGUUAAUUCCAAUUGAGGAGGUGAUCUGAGGUGAGGCAUUGGGGACAUGAUUCGAAGAAACUAGAAGGUAAAAAAGAAGAAAAACAGAACCAUCUUUGGUAGGUUUUGAUGGUAGCCAAUUUGCCCGUACAUUCCGUUUCAUUGCUCUUCGUUUAGAAUGUUAAAUUAAAAUUGUUGA